AAUGAUGAGGAGGAAUAAGCUGGAUUUCACUGUCUGAGAGUCCAGACUUCAGAUUCAAUCUAGCCGCAAUGUGCUUACCUUCGAGUCAUGAAUUUAGGCAGAUGGGGGGGAUAUUUUUUCAAUAUUUUUCCCAAAUUUCAAGUCAGUGCUCUAUAACUUCAUUACCAUCAGCGUUACAUCAGCAUUGCAAUGUUCAUUUAAGGACAUUCUAGUCACAUAUUUGUGAUCUCACACUUUAAGGGUUAAACAAUGUUUUUGGCUGGACCGCAACAGCGGGGCCAGCCCUACAAACGCGAAUGUCUGCGACUGAGUGACUGAGUGAUGAAGUUACACCAUUGGUCGGCCGGAUGAAGUGUGUCAGGUCCAGCCAUAUACUAGGUUUUGACCUGGUCUUGUUUGUUUAUUUCAGAGACGGUCAAGCCCAAGCCUACAGUUUUGUGUUGGUUAAAUACGACACACACAAUUCAGGGCAAAGGGUGUCGAAGUUUGGCCGAAUACUGACUGUAGUGUGCCUAUACUGUCACUCAAUCUCAGCGGUAUUAUUAUAUUACUGUACCCGUCUUCUUAUUUCACUGUCACAAAGAAAUAUUUAUCAAACCUCUCAAUUUCAUCUGUUAGUUCACAGCUACUUUAGUGAUUAAGCCACUUUAAAUUUGUCCCCUUCUCUCAUAGUAUUGCAUUAUCUGUACCUCUUUCUUGUUCUCUCUCUUGUUGUCCAUCUGAUCCGAUACAGAUUAACCACCAGUGCAACUACAGCUUCCGGACCAGUUGUUAAUUUUUUAACUGAAAAAUGUUUAUUUUAAAUUUCCAUUCCUGUGUAGACUUUGAGCCUUAAGCAAUUGAGUUGAGUGGAAAUGAACAAUAUAGACUGAGGGUGAGCGGUUUGGACAGUAAAGGAGAUGCCUGAACAUCUCCUGCUAUGUUCCUGUACGCUUCCUUAUCACAUAAGGACGAGGAGGAGGAGCUCGAGUCCCAGAAAUCCUGGAUAGAAAGCACUUUCACCAAGAGGGAAUGUGUGUACAUACUUCCAAUCUCAAAAGAUCCUCACAGGUGUCUCCCAGGAUGUCAGAUUUGCCAGCAGCUUGUGAGGUGCUGCUGUGGACGGCUGGUGAGGCAGCAUGCGGGCUUCACUGCCAGCCUGGCCAUGCAGUAUUCAGAGCUGAGGAUGGGUGAGGGUGGCAUGCCCGAGCUGGAGGAGUGGUCUGUGGAGAAGCACACGGAGGAGCGCCCCACUGACGCGUAUGGCAUUCUCAACUUCCAGGGUGGAUCCCAUUCUUACAGAGCAAAGUAUGUGCGCCUGUCCUACGACUCCAAACCCGAGUCCAUCCUCCAGCUCCUGCUCAAAGAGUGGCAAAUGGAGCUUCCAAAGAUAGUCAUCUCCGUCCACGGGGGCGUCCAGAACUUUGACCUCCACCCUCGGCUCAAGCAGGUGGUGGGAAAGGGGCUGGUCAAGGCAGCGGUCACCACGGGGGCCUGGAUCCUGACCGAUGGGGUGAACACAGGUGUGGCAAAGCACGUCGGCGAUGCCCUCAAAGAGCAUUCGUCUGGAUCAGUUCGGAAAAUCCGCACCAUAGGAAUUGCCCCCUGGGGAGUGAUCGAGAACAGAAAUGACCUCAUCGGUAGAGAUGUGGUCACGCCAUAUCAGACGCUGCUGAACCCCUUGAGCAAGCUGAACGUGCUCAACAGUCUGCACUCUCACUUCCUCCUGGUGGAUGAUGGGAUGGUGGGGAAGUAUGGUGCAGAGGCUAUACUCCGCCGCCACCUGGAGAAACACAUCAGCCAGCAGAGGAUCCAUGCCAGGAUCGGGCAGGGGGUGCCGGUGGUGGUGGUGGUCCUGGAGGGCGGGCCCAACGUGAUCCUCACGGUGCUGGAGUACCUGCAGGAGAGCCCCCCCGUGCCCGUGGUGGUGUGUGAGGGGACUGGACGGGCUGCCGACGUGCUGGCCUACGUGCACAAGCACACCGAGGACGGCGGAUUUCUUCCUGAUGGGGUUGAAAUGGACAUCAUCGGAACAAUCAAAAAAACCUUUAACUUCAGCCACAGUGAUGCCGUCCACCUCUUUCAAACCAUAAUGGAGUGCAUGAAGAAGAAGGAGCUGAUAACCGUCUACCACGUGGGAACAGAGGAUCCACAGGACAUCGAUGUGGCCAUACUAAGAGCACUUUUAAAAGGCACCAACACAUCAGCGUUUGACCAGCUUGUGCUCACACUGGCCUGGGAUCGUGUUGACAUCGCCAAGAACCACGUGUUUGUCUACGGGCAGCAGCUACUGGUGGGUUCCCUGGAGCAGGCUAUGUUGGAUGCGCUGGUGAUGGACAGGGUGGAGUUUGUGAAGCUGCUGAUUGAGAAUGGAGUCAGCAUGCAUCGCUUCCUCACCAUCAGCCGCUUGGAGGAGCUCUACAACACGAAACAGUCCUCAACUAAUCCCACCCUCUUCCACCUCGUAAGAGACGUCAAACAGGGUCACCUUCCUCCAAAUUACAAGAUUACCCUGAUAGACGUGGGCCUCGUCAUCGAGUACCUCAUGGGCGGGACCUACAGGUGCAACUACACCAGGAAGCGCUUCCGGAUCAUUUACAACAAUCUCUAUGGCAACAGCCGGAGGUCUGGGCGACACAUAACAAUUGGCGGAUCGCACCUGCACAAGAACCGCGAGUCGUUCUGCAUUCACGUCGACAAGAAGGAAAAGACCAGGCACAACCACUUCAUCAAGACCGCGCAACCGUACAAACCCAAGCCCGAGUCGUCCAGGCAACAGGCGAGGAAGAGGAGCAGGGAGGAGGUGGUGGAUAUCGACGACCCGGAGACGCAGCGCUUCCCGUACCCGUUUAACGAGCUGCUGGUGUGGGCAGUGCUCAUGAAGAGGCAGAAGAUGGCGCUGUUCUUCUGGCAGCACGGGGAAGAGUCCAUGGCCAAGGCCCUGGUGGCCUGCAGGCUCUCCCACUCCAUGGCCGACGAGGUCCAGAAGAGCGAUGUGGUGGACGGCACCUCUGAGGAGCUGAGGGAGUACUCCAACGAGUUUGGCACACUGGCGGUGGACCUGCUGGAGCAGUCAUUCCGGCAGGAUGAGACCAUGGCCAUGAAGCUGCUCACCUACGAGCUGAAGAGCUGGAGCAACUCCACCUGUCUGAAGCUGGCCGUGGCGUCCAGGCUGCGGCCCUUCGUGGCUCACACCUGUACGCAGAUGCUGCUGUCCGACAUGUGGAUGGGCCGCCUCAACAUGAGGAAGAACUCCUGGUACAAGGUAAUUCUCAGCAUCCUGGUUCCCCCCGCGAUCCUCCUCCUGGAGUAUAAGAGCAAAGCGGAGAUGGCCCACAUCCCCCAGUCGCAGGACGCCCACCUGAUGACACUGGAGGACGGCGAGCACCCCUUCCACCACCCCGCCGCCAACGAUCACAUCCAAAUGGAUGUUUUGAGGGAGGGGAGGCAGACUGACCACGCUGAGCAGAAAAGUGAGGGCACAUACCCCCUCCGCAGCCGGAGAAUCCCCGUCACCCGCAGGUUCUACGCCUUCUACCAAGCGCCCAUCGUCAAGUUCUGGUUCAACACGCUGGCGUACCUGGGGUUUCUUAUGCUGUACUCGUAUGUGAUCCUGGUACGGAUGCCCCCCACGCCUUCCGCGCAGGAGUGUGUGGUCAUCCUCUACAUCUUCACUUCCGCCAUAGAGAAGACCCGGGAGAUGUGCAUGUCUGAAGCAGGGAAGAUAACUCAGAAGAUCAGAGUCUGGUUCAGUGAUUACUUUAACAUUUCAGACACUAUUGCAAUAGUUACCUUCUUUGUGGGAUUUGGACUGAGAUUUGGAACAGGCGACAUCUUCACGGCUGGGAGAAUCGUUUACUGCCUGAAUAUCAUAUUUUGGUUUGUGCGGCUUCUGGACAUUGUUGCGGUGAACCAAUAUGCUGGUCCCUACAUCAUGAUGAUUGGGAAAAUGGUGGCCAACAUGUUUUACAUCGUUGUAAUAAUGGCUGUGAUCCUGGUGAGCUACGGUGUGCCCCGGAAGGCCAUACUGUACCCCAACGAGGAGCCGUCCUGGACGCUGGCGAAGGACGUGGUCUUCCAGCCCUACUGGAUGAUGUACGGGGAGGUGUACGCUUACGAGAUCGAUGGUAAGGGCGAUGACGAUGUGUGUGCAGGAAACAGUGAGGCGAAGGAGUUGUGUGGUCCAGCCGUUUGGCUGACCCCACUAUUGCAGGCUGUGUACCUCUUUGUUCAGUAUAUUCUCAUUGUGAAUCUACUCAUCGCUUUCUUCAACAACGUGUAUCUGCAAGUGAAAUCCAUCUCGAACCUGGUGUGGAAGUACCAGCGGUACCAUUUCAUCAUGGCGUACCACGAGAAGUCAGUCGUACCCCCACCUCUCGUCCUCCUCAGUCACCUGGUCUCCGUCUUCACCUGCAUCUGUAGAAAGAGGAAGAAGGGCGGCAUGACAUAUGGACCAAAGCUGUUUUUGACUGAGGAGGACAGAAAGAGGCUCCAUGACUUUGAGGAGCAGUGCUUGGAGACGUACUUCCGGGAAAAGGACGACCACUUUCACUCUGGGAGUGAGGAGAGGAUAAGGGUCACUUCUGACAGGGUGCAAAGCAUGCUCCUGCAACUGAAGGAAGUUGGCAAGCGGGUGAACUUCAUAAAGCGCUCCCUCACCACCCUGGACUCCCAGAUCGGGCACCUGCAGGACCUGUCUGUUCUGACGGUGGACACGCUGAAGGCCCUGUCUGCCCAGCGAGCUUCAGAAGCCAGCAAGGUCCACAACCAGAUCACCCGGGAGCUAAGCGUCUCCAAGAACCUGGGGCCCCGCCCUCUGGACAUGCCUUCUCAGCCCCAGGGCCCCACCCUGCUCAAGCGCAGCACAGGGGCUGGCAUCGGCCCCCCGGUCCAGCAGGGUGAGGCCAGUGUGACUGACUCCAUCUUCUGGGGCGGGGCCUGGGAUGCAAACAGGAGCCGGGGGCCGGAGGCGGCUGGGGUGAGCCCUGAGGGGCGGAGCCUGGAGCCUGGGGUUUCCGACGCUGCCCUGUCUCCGCCCGAGCUCCGCCUCGGGGGCCGGCCCCUGGACGAGGGGGGCCCGCCGCCCCACGCAGAGGACUCCCAGAACACCACCACGCCCAGUAGCCUGCCCUGGGCUGCAAAGUUUUUUGUGGGCCCCCCUUCUUCUGUGGGGCAUCAUGGGGUCCUGCCCGAAAGCUUGAGUCUUGAGUUUGAGGCGUUUGUGGGGCAUAAAAGCAUCGCAGAACGCUCGGGAUUUGGAGAAGACCUCACUGGGGGAAACAGGCCUCUCAACCCAUCACUGAGGGGAAAAGACCCGGGCUCCCCUAGUGGACUGAUGAGGACAGCGAGUUCCUACGCAGGUUUCACAGAGUUUGGCAGAAACCCCUCUUCCCUCUGUCCCAACUCAGCUCUCAGUGGGAGGGGGCGGAGUCGUGUGUCAGCCGAGGAUCUCCUUUAUCAGCAAGAGCAGAAAACAGGGCUGCUGGGCAAGUCAGCACAGCUCAGCAGUGUGACUCCAGGGGAAGAGCUCUUGAAUGUUUCCACAUCUCUGUACAUGUUCAGAAACACGCACCUCGGGGCCAGGAAAGACUCCAUCGGUUCUCCCUUCAAACCCUUAGAUACCAGCUUUCAGUAUUCAGCUGUGGAGCGCAAUAACCUGAUGAGACUGUCCCAGAGCAUCCCCUUCACUCCAGUACCUCCAAAAGGAGAACCUGUGACUCUGUACCGUCUGGAGGAGAGCUCUCCCAAUACCAUCAACAACAGCAUGUCCUCUUGGGCCCAGAGGGGGCUCUGCGCCAAGAUCGAAUUCCUCAGCAAGGAGGAAAUGGGCGGAGGCCUUCGGAGGGCGCUGAAGGUGCAGUGCACCUGGUGCGAAGACAACGUGCUCAAACCAGGACACCUGUACAUCGUCAAGUCCUUCUUGCCAGAGGUGGUCAAUACCUGGCAGAGCGUCUACAGAGAUGACACUGUUCUGCAGCUGUGUCUGAGGGAAAUUCAGCAGCAGAGAGCAGCUCAGAAACUGACCUUUGCCUUCAACCAAAUAAAGCCGAAGACUAUUGUUUACUCUCCCAGGUUCCUGGAAGUGUUCCUGUUGUACUGUCACUCAGCCAGUCAGUGGUUUGCCAUUGAGGAGUGCAUCAGCGGCGAGUUCAGGAAGUUUAACAACAACAACGGGGAUGAGAUAGUUCCCUGCAGCCUGCUGGAGGAGACUAUGCUGGCCUUCAGCCACUGGUCCUAUGAGUACACCAGGGGAGAACUGCUGGUGCUCGAUCUGCAAGGUGUCGGGGAGAUUUUGACGGAUCCAUCUGUAAUUACAAGAGGCGAAAACGAGUCAUAUGAGAUGAUAUUCGGGCCAGCAAACUUGGGGGACGACGCCAUCCGGAACUUCAGAGAGAAACAUCACUGUAACUCCUGCUGCCGCAAGCUGCACCUCCCUGAUCUAAAGAGAAACGAGUACACCCCUGAUAAAGUCACCCUGCCCCCUGACGACACCCCAGGCGAGGGUUCUGUCCAAUCGCAGAGUGCCACCAAAGAAGAGAGAUCCCCGAUACGACUGAUGCCGUGAGAGAGGACAGGAAGUAUGUGACAGAAGUCAAAGGAAGUUUGCCUUUGUUCCCAUCAAGGCAAAUGAAUUGGGAGUCUCAGGUGGAUUUAUGGCUUUCAAUAGUGUUUUAAAACAAUGGCAGUAGCAUAUGCGGCUCCAUGAAAUGGAAGGCAGUCCCUCCCAUGUUGGAUCAAAAGGACACAGGCUAACAGGGCAUUUGGCUACUAAAGGCAUCCAGAUCAUCCUGGUGUCUAAUAAUGAAGAUAUGAAAUGGCACAAUCACAAAAAACGAUGAAAAAAUCCACUUACUUUUAAGAUCUUAUUUUAUUUUAUGAAAUACAAACACAACAAAAUAAGUAUGGAUCAUUUGAUGGCAAUAUGCACAUACGUGUUCUUAUGGAAAUGGAAAUUGAAUAUACGGAAAAUAUUUUGAAAUGUAUAUACAAUAUAUGAGCAAAUGUGAAAUUACUGCCUGCUUUCAGAUGCUUUCGAUGCAGUAUUUUACCAAUACUCUGCUAUGAAGUAUUCAAAAAUAGCCCACACAUUUACAUUACUGCAGUGUAUUUCAUUUUCAAACAAAGUGUAUAGGGUUAUAUGAAUAUAUUCCAACAUACCAGCCUAAUGUCUUUGGACAGAGAGGUGCUGCAGUACUUAUUAUUAACAUGCAAGAUGACGUUAGUAUGUACUAGGUGUAAGUUUUUGUGAUGGCACAUAUGCAGUGGUAAACCUGUUCAAAGUGAAAGUCAAAGAAUUUAUCAGGAGGAUAUUAUAUUGCAACGGUAGGUGUGUAUUUUAUAUGUUUAUCAUUUGUGGAGGGUCUUCAUGAAUAUAUGUGGGCUGGAAAAUAUGGGGCAACUUUUAUAGCACAAUGUGUGAUUUGCAGACAUAUGUACUGUAAUGUAGCUGUAUGAUAGUGAUGACCAAAAAUUAUCAAUAUAAAUUUGUUACAUAGGUUCAGGCAUUUUUUCAUACAAGUAAAAUGUGAGAAAUUAUAUUUAGUGCAUCUUAUAGAUACAGAAAUGUGGUGCAAACGGAAUAGAUAUUUCACGCAGUCCAAAUUAAACAUGCUAAGGGUAUGACACUGCAAUUUUUCACUGUGUACCUUUAUAUAAUAAAGUCUGAAAUGCAUACAUUCUUUCAUGUUAUGUAGCUAUCAUUUGAUUUUUUUAAUACCCCCAUCCAUUUAACAAAUAUGUUUUAGGAAGUUCCUCACUGGUGGACUGUAUUUUGCUUACUAAACAUAUAAUAGCCUACACUAUAAUGAGUGGAUAAACAGGCCAAUAUUGUGGAUAUGAAAAUAUACGUGCAAAUAUCACACGUAAAAGAUUCGUUAUCUUAGUCACCUGUCAUUGAGUUGGGCGUGGCCGAACUAUACAAAUAGGCUAACUUAACUCAGUGACUUAGCAGUUUUGUGGACUGAACUCGAUGAAGUGAACACCAAAGGACACCAAACAUCGAAGUGAAAACCAAACAAAGACCGGAACAUGGCACCAACCGUGCACAUAGAAUACUGCGGCGGAUGAGGGUACUCCUCCAGGUAUCGGGAACUAGCUGGACUGAUUAAAACGCAUGUCCCCGAUGCCAUUGUGUCCGGAAAAGUCGGACGCAGCUCAAGCUUUGAGGUCACUGUCAAUGACAUGUUGGUGUACUCCAAGCUGGAAUCCCACGCCUUCCCAGACAACAGCGAGGUAGUGGAGAUGGUGAAGAAGGCCAGCGCAGGAGGAGAGGUGCAGAAAGUCAAGAAGAAGAAGGACAGCUGCCUGAUCCAAUAGUGGAGACGUCCUGUCACGGGAAAGCAUUUUCUUAGAGUUCUGAUCCAGGGGUGGCUCUGUUAAUGACUGUGUGUACUGAAAGAAAGGGCCCACACAUGAUGGAGUCCCAGAAUCACUCCUGCUGAUGCGCUGUAAGAAAUGCAGUCCUUUUUGUGUUACAUUUCUUACUCUACUACUUUACAGUCAACUGAUAUUUCUACCUUUGUAUUGUUUUACACUCUUCCCUGUGUAUCUACAUCUAACAAGUCAGGCCUUUCAAUAGUAAGUUAACUAAUUAAUUCACACUGAAACAGUGAGCACAAUCAGAUCAAACGUGUUCAGCUAUAACUUUAGAAACAACAUUCAGAAUUCUUUCACCCAUCUAAUUUUUCUUACCCACUUUCAUUUUCACCAAAUUUUGGAAAAGCAGUCACAAUUUUCAGACCCAUCCGUGGACCAACUUCAGUUUGAUUCAGGGGAGGCCAGAAUAACACAUCUCCUCCAAAAGCAGGUGCUGUCAGGGCUUCACCACGCAGUCCGCUGGCUGAGCUGCGCAGUCAUGGCAUCAGAUGUGCGUGCUUUCUACACGGCUUCUGCCCACAGACUGCAAGCACCUGCUCAAACUGAGGGGUUAAGAUGUUAUAAGACUGACAACCAAUAUCCUCCCUCAGCAACGCGAUGGGCAAUUAUGGGCCAGUCGGUUACCCACAGAAAUAGACCAUGGGGCGUUUCACUGUGCUUCCAGUACAGAACGUCAGACCACAGCUCAGAGACCAUGUUUUUAAUACUAUUUUUGUCUGCCUACUGGAGGCAGGGAGUGUAAUUAUGUAACAGUGAGAGUCUGUCAGGAGGAUGGGAGUGUAGGGGGAGCACUAGAAAUGAAAAUAUUUUGCGCUCAAAAAACAGAAUUAUUUGACACUGGAAUGAAAGGUACACCUUUACCACAUGGGUUCUGAUGUUUUUCCUUUAUGUCCCAAACAAUUUAAAUGAGACUUUUACUCUUUAUGAUCAAUCACAACCUGUUAUCUUUGACAGUAAGAAAUAAAAACUCAUUGUUUCUCAACAAA